UAAUUUUAGACUCCCCAUGAGGCAGGAGCAAAGCAACUCCAGCUGAAGGCAGAAGCUUGCCAGUUUGCUCUGCCCCGUGUCAGUAUUCUGACAAACAUUUAGCAUCCUUUGACAGAAUUUGAGUUGAGAACCCAAACAUGUCAAACAGAGAAAAUGAGGAUCUCAAUGAAGAGGACAUUGAUGAGGAUGAACUCCUUGCUACGCUUUCACCUGAGGAGCUUAAGGAGCUCCAGAGUGAAAUGGAUAUUAUGAUUGCUCCAGAUGAUAGUGUUCCAGUUGGACAGAGGCAGAAGGACCAGACAGAAAAGCCUCCGACUGGAACCUUUGACCACAGAUCCCUGGUCGGCUACCUCUACUGGGAGAAGGAAUCCAAGCGUAUGCUUGAGGAAGAAAGAGUGCCUGCUACUCUGCUACCCAGUGAGAGAACAUUGAGGCAGGAGGCUGAAGACAAAGAAAAAGUCAACACUGUGGAAGAUGGGCAUGAUGAAGUACACGAAGUGAUUGAGCAAGUAAUUGAGAACAAGGACAAAGAUGGUACAAGAGAAGGGGAAAUAACUGAAGAACUAAUUGAGGAAAUUGUUGGUGGGGUAAAAGAGAGCAAUGAAACAGACAAAGAGAUCCACGAGAAAGACAAAGAGCUUAAUCCAAUUACACAUGAAAAUACUGAGACGCAAUCUGAUAGCACAGAAACGGAAAAUGCAGGGCACCAAGACGGAACAACAGAAGUGAAAGAGGAAAGUAGAAUUACAGACACUUUGCCUCCUCUAGACUUACCGGAUGAUGCCAAGAAAAGUGAGCCCAAUGACAAACUCCAGCAGAAAGAGGAGAAAAAAAUCAAUAAAUUAAAAAUCCCCAAGCUGGCACUCAAUAAUAUCAAAAUGACAUCUCGACCUUCAGGAAAUGAGACAAAUUUGGAGUCGACACUUGACAAGAUCCGCAACAACAACUCUUCCGUCACUGAGGUAAACCUCAACAACAUAGAGAACAUUCCCAAAGAGAUGCUCCUGGACUAUGUCAAUGCCUUGAAGAAGAACAAACACGUGAAAACAUUUAGCAUCGCAAACACGGGUGUGGAUGAAAACAUCGCAUUCAACCUGGCCAACAUGUUACGUGAGAAUCGCAGCAUCACAACGCUGAACAUCGAGUCCAACUUCAUUACAGGAAAAGGAAUUGUUGCCAUCAUUCGAUGCCUACAAUUCAAUGAGACCCUCACUGAGCUGCGAUUUCACAACCAAAGACACAUGCUGGGUCACUAUGCCGAGAUGGAGAUCUCACGCCUGCUCAAGGCCAACAACACUCUCCUGAAAAUGGGAUACCAUUUUGAACAGCCAGGGCCAAGGAUGGUGGUGACCAAUCUGUUAACCAGGAAUCUGGACCAGCAGAGGCAACUAAGAAAGGAAGAGCAAAAGCAGCAGCAGCUGAAGGAGCAGAGGGAGGUGAUGCAGAUGUACGAGAGCAGUCUAAACCUACCUCCAGGUUUACUUGAGAUGCUGGGGUACAUACCACCCCUGGAACUCCUGCAGAAACAUGGGCUUGUCACACCCCCAAAAGAACUGAAAAAGAUACCCCCAAAAGAAGAACAGGUAGAAAACGAAGAACCAGCAGAGCCCCCAAGGCAGAUCAAACACAACAGAAUUCCCAGACAACCCGGUGCUGAGCCCCAGAACUCAUUGAGGGACGUCCGGCUGAAGAAAACGCCUAAGAAACGCGACCCUUUUUUGGAGUUGGACCGCAGGGAUGCCAGUCGAAAAGAGAGAGCAGGUUUCCAACUGAGGAAGACUCCGAAAGUGAAGGAGUCAGUCACACAGGGCACAGCGGAUGAAAGAGCAAACCUGAAGGAUGUGAUAAAGACUUUGAAGCCGGUCCCUCGCAGGCGAGUGCCACCUAAGGUUGAUCCCACACCUCGUGAUGAGCUCCUAAAUGAGAUCAAGAAGAGUAGCGUGGCCUAUCUUAAAUCUGUGCCGCUCCCUAAAGCCCUGGAAUCAAGUGAAACGAGUCUCAUCUGAGGCAGUGACUUAUCGUAAUGUGUUUGACACGUACUAUAUUUUGGAAAUGAACUGUACAGUGAGAAAGAACCACGUUCACACACAUAGCGGCUGGCUGUUUUCCACCACAAUCUUUCACAAAAGCCAAUAAUAUGCAGAAUGCUUUUUAGAUCAAAAUGCAACAAAGCGCUCAUUUACACCUGGAAAAAAAAGAGCAAAUGUACAUUUAUUCAGCGGGAAGCUCAACUGUUUUAUGCUUAUUUCCACACAUUGUGCUAAGAAGGCUUAUAUUUACUGA